CUGCGAACAUUUGUCCAUAAUAAGGCGUGAUUUACAAUUCAGUUUACUUCACCAUUUAGGCACAAGCAUAAACACAAAUUACACACAGAUAAACUCCAAAAUUGAUUGAUUGCCUUACAAAUGACUUCUGUUAUGUCUUCUUUUAUAUAUACAUGUGUAUGUGUAUAUAAAUUUAACGUUGUACAGAGAAGAUCCAACUUGUUGAUUUAACCAUGGAUUGCAGUGCAUCAAUGGAAACAAAGGAUUUUAUCGACAUUAAUAAAAGCCCGUCAAGUUCAAGCUCCGCCGGCAGCAAGAAUUCAUCCAUGGCGGAAAAUAUAAGGCUGGACGACGACGAUGUUAAUAAUCAUCCUCAACCCACCACCUUGUCCAUGGAUUUGUUUCAAAAUAAAACUUCCUCACGGAAAAAGAAAGUUGUAAGAUGGUUGAUGGAUUAUUGUAGGGAAGAUUCCGGCGGCGCGUGUGAUACCAAUUUCCGUGGUGGAUCAUCCAGGAGAGGAGUUGUGGACAUUGGAUUGGGCCGCCGCGUUGGUGGCGUUUCUCGUCCACCUUCCUUAUUAGAGCGUUCUCUGCUUCCUGGCCUCAAGACGGAUGCGAGACCUUCAUCUCCGACGUUUGGAGAGUGUCCUGAAACAGCACAAAUGACGAUCUUUUAUGCCGGAACCAUCAAUGUGUACGACAAUAUUCCGGCUGACAAGGCUUAUGCAGUAAUGGUUUUAGCCGGCCGGUGUUAUUUGGCCGUUAAAUCACCCCCGAAGUCCAACUCACUAUCACUUGGAAACGCCAAAGAAGAUCUAGAUCUUCCCCUUGCUAGGCAACAAUCUCUCAGGCGUUUUCUGGAAAAACGUCGUGAUAGGGUGUCAAACAAAUCUCCUUACGCCAAAAUCGGAUGA